GCUGUCUCCCAGUGAUGCAUUUGUUCCGGCCUUUUCUGGUCCAAGAAUCAUUUGCUUGCUCUUCUUCAGAGCUCAGGGGUCAUUUGCUUCCUCUUCUUCAAAGCUCAUUCCUUCUCAGCCAUCUUGGCCAGAAAGAUCCUACUUCAGAGCUGAAGAUCUUCCCACCCAAAGAAAAUACUCUGAAGAGCCAAUCAAGAUUUCUGUCUGGUCAGGUCCAAGCACCAUCCCUGUCUGAACCCCAAGCAGGAAAAAUGAAGCACAUUAUCAAUUCGUAUGAACAUACCAAUGACACGGCAAGAAACAACUCAGACUGCCCUGAUGUGGUUUUGCCAGAAGAGAUAUUUUUCACCAUCUCCAUCAUUGGAGUUCUGGAGAACCUGAUUGUCCUCCUGGCUGUGGUCAAGAAUAAGAACCUCCAGUCUCCCAUGUACUUCUUCAUCUGCAGUUUGGCUAUUUCUGACAUGCUGGGCAGUCUGUAUAAGAUCUUGGAAAAUAUCCUCAUCAUGUUCAGAAACCGGGGUUAUCUCAAGCCUCGUGGCAAUUUUGAAAGUACGGCAGAUGACAUCAUCGACUGCAUGUUCGUCCUCUCUUUGCUGGGCUCUAUCUUCAGCCUGUCUGUGAUUGCUGCUGACCGCUACAUCACCAUCUUCCACGCCCUGCAAUACCACAGCAUUGUGACCAUGCGCCGCACCAUCAUCACCCUAGCGGUUAUCUGGAUAUUCUGCACGGGGAGCGGCAUUGCCAUGGUGAUCUCCCACCAUGUCCCCACAGUGAUCACCUUCACAUCCCUCUUCCCUUUGAUGCUGGUUUUCAUCCUGUGUCUCUACAUUCAUAUGUUCUUACUUGCCCGCUCCCAUGCUAGGAAGAUCUCCACUCUUCCUAGAGCCAACAUGAAAGGUGCCAUCACACUGACCAUCCUUCUAGGAGUCUUCAUCUUCUGUUGGGCCCCCUUUGUCCUCCAUGUCCUCUUAAUGACCUUCUGCCCAAAUAACCCUUACUGUGUUUGCUACAUGUCUCUCUUCCAGGUCAAUGGCAUGUUGAUCAUGUGCAAUGCAGUCAUUGACCCCUUUAUUUAUGCCUUCAGGAGCCCAGAGCUCAGGGAUGCAUUCAAAAAGAUGCUCUCCUGCAACAGGUAUCAGUAGAAUUUUUGAUCUCUCAUUUCAGUAUUGUAAAGGGACCAAAUGGCAUGAUGGGCAAGUGCUGAUACUUCUGACCAGCCUUUCUUUCUUUAAAAGAAGGGGAUGAUCCCACUGAUUAGUGUUUCCUUUAGCUGGUUUUCUAAUUAACAGUCUUGCUGCAGCUGCAAACUUUAUAUUUUAUGUAGAGAGAUGAAAUGAUGGGCUAGAAAGGACAGUAUACAAUAUAUACAUAGCAAUACAAAUGUGAAGACUUUGGGUUAAGCAGAUACUUGUUCUUUUGUGGGUACCUAGCAAAACUGUCCUUGGAGGCCUUUCCAAGCUGGAAGCCAGGGAAACCAAUUCUCUAGAAGUUAAAGUACUCUUUAAACUUCUAACUAUCUAACUAAAUGUGUUGGUUAGAUUUCUAUUUCUGUGGCAAAUACGUGCAAUCGAUCAGCUUUGAAAGAGGAAAGAUUUAUUUCUGCUCAUAGAUUGAGAGGUUUUGGUUCAUGGAACCUGACUGUUGGUGGGGCCUAUGGUGAAACACACAUCUCAAUAGAAGCAUGUAGCAAAACACUCAUGGCAUCCAGAAAUCCAUGGCAAAGAGGAAAAGAUGGGUAUCUGAUAAUCCUCUUUAUGGUAAAACCUCAGUGAACUAAGAUUUCCCACUAGACCUAACCUUUUAAAGGCCACUUUCUGGUCGCAGGAAACUACAGACCAAAUCUUUAACAUAUGAGGAUCAUUUACCUAAACCGCAAUAGAGAGUGACUCAGUAUAGAAACUAUAGUUAGUGUUCUUAUAAGAUGAAGAUGCUAACUAAUUGCCACAGCUAAACAGCCCAUCGCUUAUGUAGCCAGCUUUUGAGUUUCUAAGAAUAAAUGAAUCUUCACUAUGAGUCUUCUUUGCUUACUCAGAAUCCCACUUACUCUUAAAAUCUCUUCCUGCUUCAGUCUCCUCAAGCUUUAAAAGCAAAAAUUUCAAAGGAUGAAAUCAAAUUUUAACCUGUUUGAGUCCUAUUCAGAAAUAUAUAAUAUGUACUGUAUUAGAAAAAGCAUGGCCAAAUUGGGAGCAUCUGUCCAAAAAUACGAAUAACACCUCUCAAAAUGUAUUUUAUAUCAAAAGAAGGAAGAGAGGGUAGGAAGCAUGGAGGGAAAGGAGGGAGGAAGGAGAGAGAUAAGGGAUGAAAGAGAGAAUCGGAGUCAGAAUCAUGUUUUUGAGUAUGGGAAAACCAAGACCACUCUCCUGUGACCCCGUGUGCUGGGCCACAUUGUCUUUAUUUGUUGAGCAUCUGGGUUGGUUCAAUAAAUGCUGUUGUAAAUAAUGCAGUGAUUAAAAACUUGAUGGGCAAGUAUGUAUGUGACAGGUUGACUUGGAUACUUCAGGUGAAUACCAAGGAAUGAUAUAGUCAGGUCAUAAAGUAUAUGUAUUUUUAGUUUUUAAGGGAUCUCUGUAUAUACAUAUAUAUGUAUAUGUAUAUAUAUAUAUAUGAUAUAGAUAUAGAUAAAGAUAUAGAUAGUUUCACAGGGGCUAACCUACCUUAUAAUACAUCUGGCUUAUACUACCUCCCAGUAGUGAGAAUGCCUGUUUUUCAUUGAUAUGUGUUAUUUCAUUGUAUGAAUUAAUACUUUGUUCUUUUGUUACUGUCUGCUAUUUAGGUUUACCCAGAUUGCUAGUUAUACUAGUGAUGCCUCUAUGAACAUUCCUGUACGUGAACAUGCAAAACAGUUUCUUCAGACUAUGUUCAUUGAAUAGACACACUUCAAUUUAACUAGAGAAUUGAAAACCAUUUUCCAAAAUGGUUAUGCCAAUCCACAUUCUCACCACUGAGGUGCAGAAAUUCCAGUGUGGCUGUAUCUUCACCAAUUCAUUAUGCUCUCAAAGUCUUGGCGAACUGACAGGUGUCUGAUGCCCAUCUCUGACUACUCAUGAAACUGAGUAGAUUUCCUACAGUUCACUAUUUGUGUCUCGUGAAAUCUCGCUCAUGUGUUUCACUGAUCUGCCUUGGAGAUUCCUAGGUGAACACUGAUAAGUAUUUGCAAGUAGAGCCCUUAUUUUCCCCGUCCUGUUCUCUGGCUGGAGUCCACAAUACAGUGGUGAAAGGAAACAGAGAUUGAGGGACUCUUCAUGUUUCUCCUAAAUUUAAGUAGAAAUACAUUUUUAAAAUUUUUCAAUAUGGUGCUUAUUUUUCUUAAAGUUAUGUUUUACCAAAGUGAAGCUAUUCUUUCCGUACAUAGUUUCCUAACAGUGCUUUUAUCAUAAAUGAACAUCAACCUUUUAAUGUAUCUUCAGCAACAGCAGGUCAUUUGUUAAAUUAUUAGUGGAGUAUAUUAUAUUAAUUAAUUUUUUAAAACUGAUCAGUCUUUACAAACUACAAAUAGUAUGAUAUUAUAGAAAUUAUAAAUAAAACUAAAGUACGUCAUUUGACAAGACUUAUUCUGAAUCAUAUUUUAUAUAUUCAAAGAUUUUAUACUAAAAUGAUUUAGUAAAUAUUUUUAAAUGGAAGAUAAUGAAUUGUAAGGAAUAAAAAGUAAUAAUUAUGGAAGAAAAGGUCAUGAAUUUGAGAGGGAGCAGAAAUAACAUGAGAGGAGCUGUAGGGAAUAGGGGGGUAGAAAUGAUGCCAAUGCAGUACUCAUGUAUCAAAUUCUCAGAAAAAAUUAAAUUUAUAUAAAAAAUGAAUAAAAUGCAUGAUCUACUCUUUCCACAAAUGUAUUUUUUAUUAAAAAGAAAAGAAAGAAAUUCUAUUUGUUCUAUUUAUAUGGCUACUUCUUAACCUGUAGUUAAAGAAAGGAUUUUCAUCUAUUUGGCAGUGAUCCAUACCGGCGGGAGACCUUCACUCUGAAGGUGCCAACAUCUGCUUCUCUGACUCUUGCCAUUAAAGAAGUGGCAAACAACUGUCUUGCCGCCAUAUGAGGGGGAAAAAAGCAACAUUUUUUUUCUUUUAUUAGUAUAAGUACAUGUUUGUAUCAAACAAAAACGUUGAAUAGUUUGUUGGGCACACUUCCCAAAGCCUGUACUAUCCAUCUCACCUGGUUUGAAUGUAACUUCAAAUCCCUGUAUCAAUUUGGUUGGCAGCUACUGUAUCCAACAGCCACAAGAGUCCCAGUAGGGACUGCACCUGCACAGGUCUCCUCAGGUCACCUUGAUCUCUGGCAUCAGACUGCCAGCAAGGAUUAAAUGACACAAUAAUGAUGUGAAAGCUAAAGAGCUUCACUACGGAGAGGCUCUGGGGCACAGGUGGAGCCAGAGCAGCCUGGCAGCUACGAGGGACAGGACCGGGGCACAGGUCACUUGAAGUUAGAGGUAGAUGCUUGACUGGAAGGCAAGAAGCCAGUGAGUCAGUCAGAGCAGUCUCUAAAUCUUAAGAGUCUAAAAAAAUUCUUAUCUCCAGCCUCAGGCUAGAUCCCCUUAGGUGCAGUGUAAGAUUUGAAACUGUGUCAAGGGAGACAGAAGAAAGUUGAACUUGUAUUUGAGAUCGGAUGCCCAGGUAGCGUAAGGCUACAAGCAUUCUGCUCCCCCUGACACCUUGAAAGUACAUUUCUUCACUUUCUCUAGUAGCUCAGAUUUUAACCAUUUUCUUCAAAAUUCUGUUGAAACAAGGAGAAAUGGGUGCAGGAGAUCUUUUUAAAGAUCAAGAACACCCUCCAGAAUAGUAUUUCUUUUGUUUGAGUUAUUAAUAAACUUAACUAACUUA